GCGGCUCCCGGGCCGGGACGGGCCUGGGCAGCGGGCGGCAGCGGCGCGGAGUGGGCACGGCGCCUGCAGCCGGGUUCUGGGCCCGGGGGCGCCGCCUCCGCCAGCGGCUUCUGCACGGCCGGCCUGCCACUCCUCCUGCUAUGAUGCCUGGGCAGAUCCCAGACCCUUCAGUGACCGCAGGUUCUCUACCAGGGCUCGGCCCCCUCACCGGACUUCCCAGCUCUGCUCUGACCACAGAGGAGCUGAAAUACGCUGACAUCCGCAACAUUGGGGCCAUGAUUGCGCCUCUGCACUUCCUGGAGGUGAAACUGGGCAAGAGGCCCCAACCCGUGAAGAGUGAGCUAGACGAGGAAGAAGAGCGAAGGAAAAGGCGCCGAGAGAAGAACAAAGUGGCCGCGGCCAGAUGCCGGAACAAGAAGAAGGAACGCACGGAGUUUCUGCAAAGGGAGUCAGAGCGUCUGGAGCUCAUGAACGCCGAGCUGAAGACCCAGAUAGAGGAGCUGAAGCUGGAGCGGCAACAGCUUAUCCUGAUGCUCAACCGCCACCGCCCAACCUGCAUCGUGCGCACAGACAGCGUCAGGACACCCGAGUCCGAAGGCAACCCGCUGCUGGAGCAGCUGGACAAGAAGUGACUGAAGGCUUGGAGGAGGCAUCGGAGGAUGGGGAAGGGGGGCAGCAGGAGGAGAAGAGGUGAUGGAGGUCUCCCCCUGGGCGCAUGACAAACUCUACGAUGAGGCUUGGCAUAACUGGCCUCCAGCCGGCUCCUUUCUGAAACUCAGCCCAGCCACGCGAGAGCAAGAGCAGACUGAAGAGGGACCAAGCGACGAGACCAAAGUUGACCCUCAGGUAGGGGCUGUCCCACUCCAAGGACCAGCUUGAAGGGCACCUCAGCCAGAGAGAUGCCCAGCCAGGUAGCCUCCUCAGGCACUCCUCUGGCCUCUCUGCCAAGACCCCCACCCAAAAGACUACCGAGCAGCCGAGAAAAGCCAUGCGUCCCAAACACGGUGUGGCCAAGGAUGGAACUCAGCAUGGACUGCAAUCCACCCUCCCCAGCCCUGCCAAAGCCCGUAGGAAAGGGGUGCACUGCGGGGCUGUGAUGGCCCUGCCCAGGUGGCACAGCCUGGUGGCCCUGCUGGAGUUUGCUGUGGCACUGAGGCGCAGGCGCCCUCCCAAAGCACACACUCAGUCGAUGAAUGUUUACAGACUGGCUGUCCUGGCGGGGCUUCCAACUGCACACCUUUUUUUUAUACUUUCUUUUUUUUUAAUAUUUUUUACAAAAAAAGAUUUUAUAUGAGCAAUAUAUAUAUGGAUUUCUAUAAUCACUCGAUUGACACAGUACAAAUACGCUAUGGUCUGUCGUUUAGGACAUCCACCCACUGGGUACAGCCGUUGUAAUUCCUAAGUACUGUAGGCUCUGGGUGUUGAGGGGUGGUGGCCAGGCGGUGGGGGUACAUUUCCAUUCUUGUAAACCCUUCCUAGUACUCAGUCCUGUAUCGCUCAGUAAACAUUGCUCUUAAUUAUUCAGCUGCCUCGAGUGGUGUCUGCCCAGGGAGAGGACAUGCCCAGGGCAGGAGGCGUUGGGAGUAAUGCCAUAGCUGCCCUCCCAGGUAAGCCUGAAUAUGCCCAUUUCUCAGAUGAGGAGGCCAAGGCCUAGAGAGGUUAAAGAACUCCAUCCAUCCCAGUUUUGAGAGUACUCGCUUCAUUUAUUUAGGCCAAAACUUUUUAAUAUUUAUUUUUAUUAUUUUUAAUUGUGUGUGUAUGUCUUUGUAUGAUAUGUGCAGAGGUUAGGGGAUUUGGGUCCCUCUGGAGCUGGAGUGACAGGCUCUUGUGAGCCACCUGAUGUGCUUGCCGGAGACCGAACUCGGGUCCUCUGAAAGAGCAGUAUGUACUCUGAACAGCAGAACUGUCUCUCUUCAGCUUCCACAGAAGCUGCAGCUUUGAGUGGGCCAGGCGCGGCAAUGAAUGGAACCUUUGCUAGGGAAUAAACAAACCUUGGUCUUGCCCCAUGGAGCGCACGCUGGGGUCAUCUUGCACUUGCUUGCUUGCUUCAAACCCAAUACCCUUCUUCAACUGCAUGGUGGCUUUUGUCAAAGGGGCGGCCACUGGUCCCGGUUCAUAGACGGGGAUUUGGAGACCCAGGGAGACAAGAUGAAGCCACCACUUGUUGAAGUCUUAACCACACUUUUACUUCCCACAACAGCACAGACCAGAUCCCCCCUCUCAGACAGAUAGCUUAACUAGGGCUCAGAGAGGGCACAUGACUUACCCAGGGUCACUCAGUUCACAAGAAACUGGGCGGGUAUUGGAACUCCACCUCCAGAGACACAUGGCUUUCCCAUCACCUGCUGUCUCUGAUUGUCCUUAUAGAUGAAUGCUGAACCCCUGGGAAUAGGGGGUUAAGAGGCCACCAUUAUAAAUAUUUAUUUAUUUUUAUUAUGUAUACAAUAUUCUGUCUGUGUGUAUGCCUGCAGGCCAGAAGAGGGCACCAUACCCCAUUACAGAUGGUUGUGAGUCACCAUGUGGUUGCUGGGAAUUGAACUCAGGACCUUUGGAAGAGCAGGCAAGCUCUUAACCUCUGAGCCAUCUCUCCAGCCCCUAGAGGCCACCAUUAUAGAUAUAAUUCGGGAGAGAGCUGUAGACUCUAGAGAGUUCUAGGUUGGCCCCUGAUGGUAUAGUGAGCCAGCUCUCCCAGCGGAGGUGUCCAUGACCUAGAGACACAUAUAGUAGCUCUCAUCUCCACAGUCAAAUCUGUCCUGCAGAGUUGGGGCAGCUCAAUGUCAUUCAUACAGCAGAUGCCACUCGCUCCACACGUGACAGUGUGCAAGGCACAGCUCGAUGUGCUAUCUGCUUCUGUGAGGAUUCAGCCAGGCCAACAAAGUGGUUGCCAUUAGCUCCCUUCCACUCGGAGGCCCACCAAGCUUAAAGUCCCCCAGCUCGAGAGAAGCGGGAUGAGCGCAGACUCCACGCUGCUCCUUCCUGGAAAUGUGUUUCUUCUGGGGCCGGGGAACUGCUUGGUGUUGGAUCUUUGUGUCGGUGACCUUGAGUGGCCUCUCAAUCAUCGAUGAGGCGUCUGGGAGGGAUGGGAAUGGAAAAUAGGUCGCUAAUAAACAGUUGGUCCCUCUCUUC